CCUCGGCCCCGCACGUCACGUCCGCCGCCGCGGCCCGGAAGCGCCUCUGGGCCCCGCCCCGGAGCGCCCGGCCGUGCUGGGGCCGCAGAUGCUGACUGAAAAUGAAUAAAGAAGAGCAAGUCGAUGACGACGACGAUGAUAGUGAGUUGUUUGAAGACUUCACAGAGCAUUUUAACCAGCUUGAACUGCUGGAGACUCAUAGGCAUUUGAUUCCUGUGGGAACUCAGAGCUGUUGGUCAGGACAAUCCGAUGAUGAUGAUGACGAGCAAGAAAGAAGUGAGGAAUGGUAUGAAAUGCAAGAAAAGAAAAUGGAAAAAAAUCCAGAGACAUUGCUACUCUGGGCAGCUGAAAACAAUCGGCUGAGUACAGUAAAGAGGCUCCUGACUGAAAAGCUGGCUCCAGUAAAUGCUCGUGAUGAAGACCAGUACACUCCUCUGCACCGAGCUGCCUACAGGGGGCACUUGGACGUUGCACACGAAUUGGUGGCACAGGGGGCUGACAUUCAUGCGCAGACUGUGGACGGCUGGACACCCCUUCACAGCGCCUGCAAGUGGAACAACACAAGAGUGGCCGCGUUCCUGCUGCAGCAAGGCGCAGACAUCAACGCACAGACAAAUGGUUUGCUGACCCCACUGCAUAUUGCUGCAGGAAACAAAAACAGCAGAGAAACCCUCGAACUCUUGCUGAUGAAUCGUUACGUGAAACCAGACCUGAAAAACAGCUUGGAUGAAACUGCCCUUGACAUUGCUAGGAGGACUGAUAUGUAUCACUACCUUUUUGAAAUAGUAGAAGACUGCAUAAAUGCCGUGUCCCCUUAAAAGCUGUGAUUAAGCUUAUGAAUGUGGGGUUUGCUGCCACUUUCUUGUUUGUGUUCUGCAUGCUCAUCAGUGGUGGCCUGUCUCUUUGCAACAAGGUUAAUGUAAUGUAAGAUACUUUAUUGUUCUCCCAGGCAAAAUGUCACUUCUUGCAAUUCAGCUCAAUUGUCUCACUCAUACUUUGAAGCGUUACUACUGUUACUGAAGGUAUUCACAAAGUCUCAGUAGUUUCUGUGUGUUGCCAUUUAAUUAGUGCAAAUUUGGAGGGGCCUGUCUAAUUGAUCUGUAGUGUCGUAGCAGUAAAGAAAACUGGAAUAUUUACUUGAUAUUAAAGAAUUCUGGCUCAGUUAGGCAGAGUUUAUUGCAACUCACUUUAAAAUGAAUUUUUUGAGAAAUUUUAACUUUUUUAAAACUGCAUGAAAGCUCAGAAUGAAUGUAACUUAUUUGGGUGAUACACAAAAUAUUUAAUGAUCUUGGUAUAAGGCUUAUUAUAAAAUAAAAUAUUUAACCUCAA